CGAUCAAAGUCGAGGACUGCAGCAAUUCCCGAACAUCUAAAAGGGAUUAGUCAAGUGGACCAUGGAACCUCCGACCUAAAAUUAUACCUUUGGUGGAAUUUGGAGAAUCUGCGUUAGAAAUCUGAUGCAAAUGCAUUUAUGCUGUGGUCGCGGUGUAUCCAGCUAAAACCAGCGGACAGCAGGUUGCUUAGGAUAAAUCUACACAGGGCCACUGACAGCGAUGUUUUCACCAGCAGUCCUGAAAAUGUGGAAUCUUUUCUUCAAAUAAGAUGCGAGGAUCAGUCUCAUACCCUUAAAUGGAUACUUUGCUAAAUUACAGUUAUGCAUUUGACAAGGGCACAAUGACUUACAGCUCUUUUGGAAAUAAUGCAGCAUAUUUGUGCAGUGUUUAAAAUAAGUGGAUGGACUGCAACUCUAUGACAUACUUAAGAUAUUAUCAAAACACAGAUGUAGAAAUCCAAAGCCCUAUGGAGAAUGAAUUGGAAAUUCCAUCAGAUGUCAUUAUCGAAAGCAUAAAGAGGAUUAAAGCUGAAAAACUGUCAAGACCUCUAUUCAUUGUUAUUUCACUACCAACUACCCCUGUGCCUUCCUGGCCGCGAGAUGAGUGUUUCUGAACCCAGUGAGAGCUACCCUGUCAGGGGGAAAGUUGGAUCUGGCAUGAUGCUCCCUCUACACAGUGCUGGAGACCACAAUGGGAAUACUUACUCAGUUUCAUCUUCCUCCUCCUCCUCCUCCUCUUCAUUUCUGGGGGAGUUGUCUCCUGAGUCACUGCGGAGUCUAAGCAGCCUCAGUGGGGGCCGAACCGACAGCCCAUUGGACUAUGACAUGUUUGAGGUCACCCUGAUGACGACAGUGAUGACCAAAACAGACAAAAUGACAGACGUGGUAAUUUCAAAAUGGGUGCCAAAGGAGGAUAGUAAACCAGAUGACAAUGAUGCUGUCAUGGUAGGAAAGAUACAAAAUGCAAUGGAGCUGUCAGAGUCCAAUGACAACUCUGUGUCUCUCUACCUGGAUGCCAACAGCGGCGAAUACUGCCAAGACACCUGCAACGAUAAUGACAACUUGACUCGGGCCCUGUCGCUGACGACCAACAGCCCUGGCUGUGGCAAUAAUGAUGACCUCAGCAGUGGAAGUGGAAGAAGGCAUGGCCUCUCAAUUCCAGAUUCAGAUGCAACGGAAAUCCCUGCUGACGAUGAAGAGGAGGCUUUGUUUUUGUCUGUAAGUUCCAACAUGGCUGUACGGAGGAGCAGCACAACCUUCACAACCUCAACAAGUCAAUCCAGCAUUGGCCUCAUCAUUCCAGGUGGCUCUGCUGCGAUGAAUGAGCUCCAGACAGAAGGAACUGUGGCUGUGAGUGUGGCUUAUGAUGAGAAACCAGAGCUGGGGUUAGAAGGGCCUGAGGUGGCCUGUCCUCUGGAUCUACCUAUAGACAGCCAAAGAGAACCACCUCCUACUGAGGACCUUAGUGAAAUCAUCCAGAUAUUAUCAUCUUCUCCUUCUUCUACCACUCCAGCACAAGAUUCUAAGGAAUUGACAUCGCUUCCACCUGAGGAAGCUGAAAGCUGCACAGGGGGCUCCCAAACCAGCCGGCCUAACACCAGUCAGCCUGCCAGAGCAGCAAAAACCAAACCAACCACUGCUACUUCAAUGUCUCCCAAGAUGACUGCUUUCACAGGCAUCAAACCAUCCAGUCUGGAGGCAAAGAGAGUUUCCAAACUGGACCUAAAAAAUGUCAAGGCUAAAGUUGGAUCCCGGUUCACCCCAACCCCACCUAAAACACCCAGCCAGCAGAACAAAUCUGCUCCAGCUAAUGGAAAGAAAGCUGUUCCUAGGAAGGAGGAAGUGCAGACUGGGGAUGGUGGUGAAAGUCAUAGGUCAUCUGCAGAUCAAGUGGCUGUGGUGCGGAAACCCAUCAGAGGAAAGAGCAGUAACUUCAAAACCAACCACAAGACAGCAUCCAAUGACUCUGCUCAGCCAGAGAGGAAGAGUGUGGCUGUCAGUCAAAGACGCUCUACUUCGACUGGUUCUUUGGGGUCUGAAGUGGUUGAGGAAGGAUCCCUGGAUACUCCCAAGAAGGCUGUCCAGGAAGUGCCUGAUAAACAUGGAACAACUGAGAGUGUGGAGACAACACAUCCAAGUGAAGAUGGUGGUAAAGAGUCUGUGGAGGACCCAAGCAAGGGAACUGGAGAGGCUGUCAUGACAGAGGGUGCUGUGGAGAAACCAAGAAGUCAUAGCACGAAGGUCUCUUCCAAGCUGGGGCCCAAUGCCAGGCAACAGGGGAAAGGAAACAGAGUGGAUAAGGCCUCAGGACCAGCUCCACCUCCAGGCUCAGGGGCCGGACCUCCACAACAGGGGAUCCCUGGGCCCAGGCAAGCCCAGAUUGAUAGCUCCAUGUUAGGAGAAGUUGGACAGAGCGCUGGGGGUGGAUCUCCAACAAGAGUGAGGCUGACCCAAAGUCAGAGCCAGGGUAUCCCCAAACCUCGUACCACCGCAGAGCGAGCAUCUGCGUUGACUGCCUUGGGUCCCACAAGCUCCAUCUUCAAACCAACAUCCAAUCAGCAGCCAGCAAUAGGGUCGGCCGGGCGACCUGCUGCACCCACGGCGUCAAAACUUCCUGUUAAGGGAUUGGCUACAAGCCUGAGUUCUUUGUCACUGGGAAGCAAUGACAACAAUGGAGCCCCAAGCAAAGCUUCUCCAGCACCUGCAGGAGCUCCAGCACCAACAGGAGCCAAGCCAGAUGAGUGGCCCAGCAGAAGCAUGUGUCCCGUGGGCAGCCAGAGUAUGGCAAAGCCCCCCAGCUCCAGCACCACAGCUACCACCAGCACCAAUACUCCCAGUGAUGUAGUUAUUAGUGCUAACAGUGGUGUCACUGCUGCUCCAAAGCCUCCUGUCAUGAGGACCAGAGCUCUGUCACUGCAGGCGAGGACCACUACUACAGGUCUGAAGGCCCCAACAGCCACCAACCACAACACAGCCAAGACUACAGCUGCCAGUCAAACAGCAGUGAAGACAGCUUCCUCUACCAAUCAGGGGCUGGUGAAACAGGCGUCUCAGUAUCCCUUGCAAAGAAGUGGCUCAGCAAGACUCAGUCGACUGAACAGUACAGUGGACAAAAACAAACCCCGGGAGGCAUCAGCAAGACCCACAAACACCAACAGCAAUUUAAAGGUAGCAGCACCUGCAGGAGGGAACAGCCAGAACCAGCAGCAACCUCCACCUGAUCUGGUACCAGACAUGGUGAAUGCAAAUUUGCCAGUAACACAAGUUCUCCCAGUGCUUGUUGCUGAAAUCACAAACACUGGGUCAGGCAGCACUGGAGCCUCUGGACUUGGGUUCAAAGCAAGAACUGGGUCAAGAUCCAGCCCCAAAACUGGAUUCCGCAUACACAAUGCCUCCAAAGCUGGUGUGUCCAGGGCUGUUGUGGCGGACGGAGCUGUCACAGCUAAACAGAACCAGAUCAAAGAGCAGGCAGAGAAGAAGAACCAGGCCGUCAACCAGCUGAGGAAGCUGCUCGUUCAGGGGAAUAGGAGAGUGGAGGCUCUGGCUAUAGUCAUCCAACAUCUCUUCACUGAGCGCGAGGAGGCUUUGAAGCAGAAUAAGGACUUAUCGCUGGAACUGGCAAACCUCCGAGAUGAGCUGGUCGCGUCAUCGCAUUGCUGCAAACGUCUGCGGGAGGAGAAGGAGGAGGUGCGUGUCAGCUUGGAGGAGGCUUUGAAAAGGCUGGAGGAGCAGCACAAGGAGGAGCUGGUGCAGCUGGAGGACAGGUUGAGGAGUUUUUACCAAACAGAGUGGGACAAAGUCCACCAGACGUACCAGGAGGAGGCUGACAAAUGCCGUAUGUUGAUGGAACAGCAGGUGGAGGAGCUGAGGAGCAGACAGGAAGCAGAGAGGAAGAACCAGGAAGUGAGUCACAGCCAGAAGAUUGAGUCUCUCAAACAGCAGUAUGAGAACUCAAUACAAGAGCUGAAGAGGAUCCAGCAGACAGACCUGGAGAACCUGGAGAAAACACUGAUGGAGACUGAAACUUCUCUCUCGGAGAAAAUAUCUGGGCUGUCAGCAGAGAAGGAGGCUUUGAAUGAAAAGCUGCAAGCAGAAGAGGAGAAGAGGAAGCGGAUACUCACCGACAAGAAUCUGAAGGACUCCCACACAGUGUACCUGGAGCAGGAGCUGGAGAGUCUGAAGGUGGUGCUAGAGAUCAAGAACAACCAGCUGCACCAAAAGGAGAAGAAGCUCAUGGAGAUGGACAAACUGGUGGAGAAUAAUGUGAAACUGGAGGAGUGUCUGAAGAAGGUCCAGCAGGAGAAUGAGGACUACAAGGCCAGAAUGGACAAACACGCUGCUCUCUCCAAGCAGCUGUCCAAUGAACAGGCCAUACUCCAGCAGACGCUGCAGAAAGAGUCCAAGGUCAACAAGCGUUUAUCCAUGGAGAACGAGGAACUGCUGUGGAAACUGCACAACGGCGACCUGCUGGCGAGUCCCCGCCGCCUCUCACCCACCUCACCCUUCAGUUCACCAAGGAACUCUGCUUCCUUCCCCACAACAGCAACCUUAUCGCCCAGAUAACCCUACAACAAACAACAGCCCCCUCGUCUCCUCUCCUCUGACCUCCUGAUUUUCCUCAUCACCUUUUUAAGCCUUGGAAGGAUGGAAGAUGUUCCAAAUACAGAGAAAGACUCCAGUCACAGCAGUGUUGUUGGAUGUUAAUCCCAUAAUAAACCUUUGACAUUUUGAAUAAAUUGAAUUAAAAGACGCUUAUUUUGAAAGCGAAAGGACAUUGCAGUGGCACUGAUGCACUUAAGUCUGAGCGUGGGACUGGCCUUGGUCUCUAUCAGUCUCUACCAAACGCCUGUUUCACCAACAAACCUUCUUUUUCUGAAGAAAACGAAAUAACAGGCACACCUCAGGGUCUGUACAUAGAGCCUCACUCUCGUUAUGACUAUCCUUACUUUUUGUUUUCUUUUAUGUUGUACAGUUUAACUUCAGCUCAUCCUGUUCUUUUAUACCCUUCUUUCUAUAGAGGUGGAUGAGAAAAAAACCUUGGAUUUGUGGUGUAUGUUGGUUUAUGGAAACAGUCUCAAAGUUGUUUGGGUUCGGUAAAUCAUAAAAUGACAGGUUCUUCUUGGUGGAUUUGCAUGGAAUGUUUUGCCUUUUCCCUUUGUUUAAAGAGGAUUUUUUUUUUUUUUUUUCCCAAAGAGCGACGCUCAAUCAGUAAUCUGCUUUGGAUGUCUGGAAGAAGUGGAUGAACUUAAUUUCCUUCUGUGGGCAACAGGAACAAAUACUCAGUUUGUUCACCUGAGGAACUGACCUUGUAUUAUUGACAUGAACCUUUGAUCCAAUGGAUAUAUGUUACUCCAUGUAAGAUCCUCACAACCUCUACCUUAAUCUACUAUGUGGAAUGUAAUCACCCUUGGAUGUUAAAUCUGAACAGGCCAGUUCAGAAACACAUAGACAGUCUCAGAGCCAAAUAUGCAGUUUACCUAACAAGGAGGGUGUUGGUCAGGACAGUGUUUACCCCCCCCCUAUUUACUUUUUCACUUAAAUCUCUCACUUAUAAAGGGAUACGACUCCCCGACAUCCCUUAAAACCACCUUGUGCCCAAACAGAAAAAAGGCAAAGCUGAACAAGUGACUGAUAACUUAAUAUGUCUCUUUGCUUUUGGUCACAUAUAAAAUCAUCACAAAAAGCCACCAGUGAUCAUUUCCACAGAGGAAACGCCCAGACUCUUCACGACUGAAAGACACUGGUUUCUGUUUUACUGAAUCCAAGAAAAUAUCACUUUGUCUGUUGUUUGUCCUGAAAAACCUCAGAUGUACCCAAAAUGCCUCAGUGUACCAUGUUGUGUGUUAUUUUGGACACAGAAUAAAUACAA